UAUACACUCUACUGGCCAGUUACCGAGUGCUGCAACAAGCGAGUGAACACACAGCAUCGUCGCACGCCACUGCUUAGCUUAGCCAGAGAAAAGGAGAAGCCGAUCUGAUUCUGCUCUCAUCACACACACCAUGCCGGGGAGAGAAGAUGGAGCCUCCGCCGACGAGGAGAGCUCGCAGUGCAGCAGCGGCUGCCAGUCCGGCUGGACCCUGUACCUGGAGCACUCCGGGUCAGGCCAACAGCAACGUCGCACGCUGCCAUACGUGCAGCCCGGCGACGUCCUGAGGCAGAUGCUGCCGCAGGUGGAAUACUCCGACGAGGAGGAGGAGGAUUCUAUGGUCUCCGACGCGUCCUCCGGCCUGCCGCCGCACCUGCGCGGCGAAGAGGAGGAGCUGUUGCAAGUGCGAGGUCAGACCAACAUGCCUUCACAGCAGCGUCGGUCGGCCUUCGGCGGCGACCAAUGCCACUCCGGCUGGGGUGGCAGUCGUCGCACCGCGAGCCUCUCUGGCUCCCGUUCCUUCGUCUCCACGAGGUCUCGUAGUUCGGGCGAGAUGAGAAGCAGGAAGAAGAGGAGGGCCGUCGUCCAACGGCAGGAUGAGCCGGCGACGCGUCGCCAUGGUGUCUUCGACGACGACGAUGAUCUCCACGACACCGCGAGUUCGUCCGGCGUCGUCGCUCCCGCAGCAGUGGUGGAAGCUAUCAAGGAUGGCAUGGACCUGCAGCCAAGCUGCGCCUGUGCCUUCUCGGUUCGAAGCACCGGCAUGCAGGGUCUCGCGAUGCUGCACCAUAACUGAUGAAGUAUAGCUAGCCAGGGAACGAGAAAGGCCUUGUUUUGUCGGCCGCAUGUAUAAUCAGAUCGCUCGAUCAUAACCUCACAGUUCACCUAGCUUGUUUGUUUCAAGUUAUAUGUACGAAGCAAAUCGUCCGUAGUGGAGACAAGAACCAACAGUUUUGAUC